UUUCUUCCAUUCCAACAACACGUUUCUUAAUUUCCUUGAUCCCUCCCUUUUUCUUACCAAAUUCAAACAGUGAGAACCAAAAGUUGGACGACACAUGAUGAUGAUCUAUACAUCCGAAAAAGACCAAGUUAUGCCAGUACUUGAACAUGGUUCCUCCUCAGUUUCCGGACAAACUGUUUGCGUCACCGGCGCAGGGGGCUUCAUUGCCUCAUGGAUCGUGAAGCUUCUCCUGGAUAGAGGCUACACUGUUAAAGGGACUGUGAGAAAUCCAGAGGACCCAAAGAAUGCUCAUUUGAAAGAGUUUGAUGGAGCAAAGGAGAGGUUAACUUUAUGGAAAGCUGAUCUUCUUGAUUAUGAGGGCCUCAAGGUUGCCAUCAAUGGGUGUGCUGGAGUUUUUCACACAGCGUCACCCGUGACCGAUGAUCCAGAACAAAUGGUGGAGCCGGCAGUGAAUGGGACGAAGAACGUCAUCAUGGCAGCGGCAGAGGCCGGAGUGCGACGGGUGGUAUUCACAUCAUCAAUCGGUGCGGUGUACAUGGACCCUAAUAGGAAUCCAGAUGUUGUGGUUGAUGAAUCUUGUUGGAGUGACCUCGACUUUUGCAAGAACACCAAGAAUUGGUAUUGCUAUGGGAAGGUAGUGGCUGAGCAGGCAGCAUGGGAGGUAUCGAAGGAGAAAGGGGUGGAUAUGGUGGUGGUAAGUCCGUCGUUGGUGAUGGGACCAUUGUUGCAGCCAACAGUGAAUGCAAGCAUUAUUCAUAUCCUCAAAUACCUGACUGGAUGUGUUAAAACAUAUGCAAACUCCGUUCAAGCUUAUGUCCAUGUCAAGGAUGUUGCCCUCGCUCACAUUGUCGUUUUCGAGACUCCCUUUGCGUCUGGACGAUACCUUUGUGCUGAGAGCAUGCUUCACCGUGGAGAUGUUGUCGAAAUUCUUCUCAACUUCUUUCCAGAGUAUCCAAUUCCGACCAAGUGUUCGGAUGAGAAGAACCCGAGAGCAAAACCCUACAAAUUCUCCAAUCAAAAGCUGAAGGACUUGGGUUUAGAGUUCACCCCGGUGAAGCAAUCCCUAUACGACACCGUCAAGAGCUUGCAGCAGAAGGCCAUCCUUCCUGUCCUUAAACAGCAACAAGUCUCUCUCUCUCAAAUUAAAAGCCAGCAGUAGUCUUUAAAAUAAAUAAUUCUACUCUAAAAUCUCUACACCACACACCAUCUCAAAUAAUUUUAAAUUUGACAAAUCAAAUUAAUUAUACCAUGUGACGUAUGGUAUAUAAUAUGUAGUGUAGAGAACUUAUUAGUACUGUAAUUUCCAGUCAGACAUACAUUCAUACAUACAUACAUAUAUAUAUAUAUAUAUAUGUAUAAAAGUAGUGCAAGCAUGCAUACACGCAUACAUAUUAUUAAUGGAUCAG